AUGUGGUGCGCUGCCGAAGCAGCCAAAAAGGCGUUUGCAUGCAUGCUUGCAGCCAAAAAGAGUAUUCCUCUUGCUCCAGCAGCAGGAGAUCCUUUGCCUACUGUUGCGAUUGAGCAACAGGCAGUGCCUGUUGUUAGUAGUCCAGGGGGUGAGCCACCACGUGCGACAGAUGCAUCCGCUGCGUCUGCAGCGAAUGUUGUGACUCACAAUGCGGACGAGCCUGUAAGAGAGCUCAUCUAUUCUGGCGAGUCAGACGAUGUAUCAAACUCAAAGGCGGCGCCUCCCGCCUCCGGAUCAUCCGGGGCGGGCACUGCAAGAUCCAGGUCGAAUGGCUCUGGGGAACGUGGCGGCAUCAGGUCCUAG